CCACAAAGGACAUAUCAAUGAGAGAAAAAUUUUAUCAAUCUCAAAUUGACAUUUUGAUUUUUGGGCAAAUCUACUGAGGAAUGAUUGAGCCAGUCAAUUUGUCAGAUACCGAAAUCAUUCAACCUUAUUGGACAUGCAGUUUGGAAGAGGGAAUGUCCACUAUAGACUUCACUUCACGUUCUUGUCAAAGUAUUGAACUGUUUUUACAACGCCUUAGACCCAGAAUGGAUUCCAAACUAUAUGACAUAUAUCCACCACUGCCCAUGGAAAAUAUGUAUAGACCCCUUGAUGAAUAUAGAACACUAAAUGGUGAUGGUUUAGUGUCGGUUUGUAUGAAAGUACACGACGAAGCUCGUCGUCACAAGAUUGCCCUGUAUGAUCAUGUGACUAAAGAAUUAAAACACAUUGGUCAGAUUCCACGUCAUCGUUUUGAAAUGAGCAUUGAUACAUCUGUUUUCUCGAUGGAUGACCCUGUGUUUGUUGAAGGUGUGAUUGGUGCAAUGACUCAUGAUGCACAGUUUGUAGCCGUCUUAGCUCACAGCAAGAAUCUUUGUGUUUUAAGUGUUUUUAACAUCCCCAACGCUCUCUGCUUGUGUGAGAAGGAUCUGCCCAUUAGUGAAUUCGGUAAAGAUUUUCAACCCACUGGCGUGGCUCUAGUACCUGCCGGUGUCUCUAAAUCGCAAUUUAACAUCGCUGUGCUGGGUUACAAAAUGGAAGUCAGAGUCUGGAAUUCCGGAAGUUACAUGGGAAAAGCAGUUAAAUUGGAAGAUACUCGUCCAAGUUUUGUUCCAAGUAAAAGUGUGAUUAAUCCAAGAGAGAGCUUUUUAAGAUUCAGUCCCAACGGCCAAUACUUGUGCGUUCUGGCUAAUAUAGAAUCUUGUAUGUGUAUAGUGAUGGAUUCUAUCAGUCUACAACCCCUAUAUAGAAUGCCAUAUAGUUUUACCUAUGGUCAGCUCUGUUCAAUCUUUCCAUGCUUCACAGUCUGUGGUUCACGUUUCGCUAUGUUUACACCACCAGAGCUGAACAGGUAUUGGGAUCUUGAUGCUUACCAACUUCAUUUCUUUCGAAUCCCCCAAGCAAUGCAAUGUUUGAAAGAUUUGUGUCGUUUGUCGGUUCUUAGUCACGUGGAUAGAUCAAACUUGAGCAAACUGCCACUGCCUCAGAAUUUGAUUUUAUUCCUUGGUGGAAAUGAAGAACAUGUUUCUGAAUCUGCGAACUCACACAAAAAGUGUCAUUUGAUGUAAGGAAUAUUUUGACUAGGAGUUCUAUCAAGAAAUUAUCCACGAAUUAAAUAUUAUCCAUCAUUCCCUUCAUCUAAAUAUCCGCACAUCCAAGGAGCGUUGCUUGCGUUGGGAGAAAUGAAAAUGGUCCUUAGCAGGAGUCGAGCCUGGGCGAUUCCAGAACAGUGCUCUUACCGUUCAGCGCAAAGAACGGUAGUGUGGGUUGUAAAGGACCAUUUAGGCAUUAUUGGCAGUUUCAUUGUACUUCAUUCGUUGUACUGACUGACUACUAUAGAAGUCCUAUAUUAUUGUGGCUGCUUUCCACUUUUUUAUGUAAAAGCAAUUAUGAA